AUUUGUUUUCGUCAGGAAAGGGAUGUGACGUCAUUCAAGCGCGACGGCCGCUGUUUGGUAACGUCGCACCGUCCACUUUUGAAUCAGGAUGCCUCUGCCUCCGGCACUGCUGGCCCGCUUGGCCAAGAGAGGGAUUGUUAAACCAACAGAAAAAGAAGCAGAUGAGGAGAUUAUUGCUGAAGAUUAUGACGACAACAACGUAGAUUAUGAAGCCACCAGACUGGAGAAUCUACCACCAAACUGGUACAAAGUAUUUGACGCUACAUGCGGUCUUCCUUAUUACUGGAAUGUAGAGACAGACCUGGUCGCCUGGCUUUCCCCAAAUGAUCCGUCGACUAUAAUAACCAAAGCUGCCAAAAAACUAAGAGUUGAAGCUGGAGAAGAACGACCGGAGAGGCCGUUUGAGAAGAUAGAAAGGGAACGCGAGCGAGAGAGAGACAGAGAGCGGGAAAGGGAACGCGAACGGGACCGCAUCAGAGAACGGGACAGGGAUGACGGACGAGACAGAGACGUCCGAGACAGAAGAAAGCCCAGGAGAGAAGACAUUGCACCGUACAGCAAGAGCAAACGAGGAAGAAAAGAUGACGAGAUGGACCCCAUGGAUCCGAGUGCUUAUUCCGAUGCCCCAAGGGGCUCGUGGUCUAGUGGUUUGCCCAAACGGAACGAGGCCAAGACAGGAGCAGACACCACAGCGGCUGGACCUCUGUUCCAGCAGAGGCCGUACCCGAGCCCUGGAGCCGUGCUUCGGGCUAAUGCUGCUAACCAAAUCCCUAAAGAGUAAAGAAUGGUGCCGCCAGGGAGAAGUCUUUCAUCAUCUUCACUUACUCUUAUCCACUGAUUUUUUUUUUAACUUUUCAAAUGUGUUAACCUGAAAAUCCUCUCUCAGUACCUUCAUGUUAAACUGGUGUACAUAUGUUUUUAUAGACCUAAACAUUGACUCUUUUGUUCUGCGCUCAGUUGUAGUUGUGUUUAUUAAUAAAUGUAAAAAAAACAAC